GUGGUGGUAGUGGCUGGGCGGGCGGGCGCGCGCGGGAGCGCGCUGGAAGGCGGAGUGUACGGUGGCGUCAGGGGCGAUACAGAAUAGCUGUAGCUGCGGGGACGGCCACACGUCCAACCUUUCUUUAUUCCCUUCCCCUCCCCGGCCGCACCUUUGAGCAGAAAGCGAAAGAAGCCGGGCGGCAGCCCGCACUCCGCUGCUGCCCCCUCCCCCCGUGCCUUUCUUUGCCCUAGUGACGCCGGCGCAGCGCCGACUAGGCCCCGGCUCUUCCUCUGCCGGGCCCCGGACCCUGCCCCGCACCCACCCCUUUCUCCUACGCCUCUUCCUCUCCCACCCGGCUCUCUUCCUUUCGAGAGGCCGGGAAGUUAAACUUGUAGCCACCCCUUCGCUCUUCCCGUCACCCUCACCCCCGCUUCGGGCCGAAGCUCGCUAUAGGGACUCUUGGUGGAUUUGCCACCCCACCCACCCCGGAGCGCGACGGUUUUAAGGGACCUGGAUUCAUCAGGGUCUCUCUUCGGGGCCUGUGCGAGUGCUGAUCUGCUCCGUUUUUGCAAAAGGCGCCUGUGUCUGGCAGAGCCGGUGUGAGACCAAGAGACAAUCCUUCCCCGCCGCCCGGAUAAUCAAGAGUUUUGGCCGGACCUCUGAGCAUACACCGAGAGAGGGAGAGAGGAGCCAGACUAAAAAGCACAGACUAUGGCGCUGAAACGGAUUAAUAAGAUUGAUUUAUCUGAAAGAGUUACAUGGAGAGAGGAGAGGCGGAGAGAGGUCUUCUAUCCGCUGGUUCACUCCCCAGAUGGCAGCAAUGGCUGGAGCUGUGUCUAUCCGAAGCCAAGAGCCUCCUCCGGGUCUCCCACGAACUUAGUGAUUUGGCCCGUGACCCUCCAGCACAAUGUUCUGCAGGUCCAGUUGGGGAUGAUAUGUUUCACUGGCAAGCCACAAUUAUGGGACCUAAUGACAGCCCAUAUCAAGGCGGUGUAUUCUUUUUGACAAUUCAUUUUCCUACAGACUACCCCUUCAAACCACCUAAGGUUGCAUUUACAACAAGAAUUUAUCAUCCAAAUAUUAACAGUAAUGGCAGCAUUUGUCUCGAUAUUCUAAGAUCACAGUGGUCUCCUGCUUUAACUAUUUCUAAAGUUCUUUUAUCCAUUUGUUCACUGCUAUGUGAUCCAAACCCAGAUGACCCCCUAGUGCCAGAGAUUGCACGGAUCUAUAAAACAGACAGAGAUAAGUACAAUAGGUUAGCAAGAGAGUGGACAGAGAAAUACGCUAUGUUGUAGGGUACAACAGAAUAUCUCGGGAAUGGACUCAGAAGUAUGCCAUGUGAUGCUACCUUAAAGUCAGAAUAACCUGCAUUAUAGCUGGAAUAAACUUUAAAUUACUGUUCCUUUUUUGAUUUUCUUAUCCGGCUGCUCCCCUAUCAGACCUCAUCUUUUUUAAUUUUAUUUUUUGUUUACCUCCCUCCAUUCAUUCACAUGCUCAUCUGAGAAGACUUAAGUUCUUCCAGCUUUGGACAAUAACUGCUUUUAGAAACUGUAAAGUAGUUACAAGAGAACAGUUGCCCAAGAUUCAGAAUUUUUUUAAAAAAUGGAGCAUGUGUAUUAUGUGGCCAAUGUCUUCACUCUAACUUGGUUAUGAGACUAAAACCAUUCCUCACUGCUCUAACAUGCUGAAGAAAUCAUCUGAGAGGGAGGGAGAUGGAUGCCCAGUUGUCACAUCAAAGGAAGCAGCAUUAUUCUAGCAGCAUCCAUUCUUGUUUAAGCCUUCCACUGUUAGAGAUUUGAGGUUACAUGAUAUACUUUAUGCUCAUAACUGAUGUGGCUGGAGAAUUGGUAUUGAAUUUAUAGCAUCAGCAGAACAGAAAAUGUGAUGUAUUUUAUGCAUGUCAAUAAAGGAAUGACCUGUUCUUGUUCUACAGAGAA